CUUUUUGUUAUUUCUUUUUUUUUAUACAUAUAUUUUCCCCUUUCCUUUCCUUUUUUCUUUCCUUUUUUUUGUUCCUUCUUUUGAUAUAUAUAUAUACACAACUCCUCAAUUCAAUCUUUUUAUUAUUAUUUCUUUUGUCUAGUGAACGAAUAAGUUAUGAGAUUACGACUCUUCACACACUUUUGUCUCACUCUUCUUUUAUUACAAUCACAUCAAAUUGAAGCAUGUUUUUGGAUAUUUGGCGAUUGUAAUUCUUCUUCUUCACAAACACCAACUCCAACAGGUAAUCCUUCUAGUUCCCCUGGACCAACUUCACCCAGCUCAGCAAUCUCAAGCUCCGCACAAUCAUCUUCUGUGAUAUCCAGUUCUUCUAUUCUACCUUCUUCUACUAUCCAUAGUUCAUCUUCAAUUUCUUCACAGACACCAACUUCUUCUUCUUCUAUUAUAUCUUCUUCUGAUUCUUCAUCUGCUUCAUCCUCCGCUUCAUCAUCAUCAGCUUCAUCAUCACCUUCAGAAACAAACAAUUCAGAUUCUAGUAGUUCCAACAACACAGCUGCCAUUGUAGGUUCUGUAUGUGGAUUCUUAGCAGUUCUUGGAUUAGGAUUUGGAUAUGCUUUCUUCUCCAAAGCUCGACGUAAUGAACGUAGACGAAAAGCAGCUUUAUAUAACGAUGAAUUUAACAACAAUAACAAUCGUAACGGCUCUUCACCUUUUGAUACCGAACGACCCUCUCCUGCUAUGGCAGCAGCAGCAGUAGCAGCAGCUGAUGAUUUACAUUAUUCAACCAGUCCUUAUCAACAACAUCAACAACCACAAGGAUGGCAUGAUCCUUAUAAUCCUACCAGUCCUACAUCGUAUGGUUAUAACAACAUGUCUCCUUAUCAACCUCAUCAAGAUUAUUAUUCUCCUCCUAUGACUCAUACUACUGCUUCAGGUAUUGCUGGUGUGGGUUAUCCAGAUGCUGCCAUUUCUGGUGCUUAUUAUACUCCUGCUCCUAUGAAUAAUGGUGGUGUUUAUUAUGAUCCUCAACAACAACAACAUUAUGGAAAUGGUUCUUUUGUUAAUGUGGCUCAACCUGUAUCCAAUGGUCCUACUUAUUCUGCUCCCAAUGCUUAUGAUGAUCAUGAUCCACAAAAAUCAAAGUAAUUGAAAAACGAAAAAAAAAACAAAAUAGAAUUAGUUAUCUACACCUUUUCUUUUUCUAUUAUUAUUAUUAUUAUUAUUAUUACCAUUUACCUUUAUUACUUUAUUAUUCUUUACUCAUUUAUUUUUAUUACCUAUUUUUUUUUCUUUUACAUAUCUCUCUAUUUCUCCCUUUAUAUACAUUUAGUUUAUAGUUUGUUUUUUUUAUCAUAGUCUUAUUUAUUUAUUUAUUUUCCCGAAAUAAAACUGAUGAAAACAACAUUCUUCUUUCAUUAUACUAUUUGUCAUUUGUGAAAAUAAAAAAAAAAUCUAUGAAUUUCUUUUAUAAUCAUGCAAACCAUUUGGAACUCCCCCUUCUGACUACCUAUUUAAAAAAAAAAAGUUUUUAUUUU